AUGGGCACCGGAGACUCGGGUCUUUCAGGCACUGGAUAUACACCCCAGUUAGAUGAUAAUGAUGAAUGCAGCAGUGAAUAUGAUAUUACUUGGUCCCCUGGUGAUGGAGUCUGUCCUACAACAGCAGAGUUUAACCAUUGCUGUCAGUCAAAGACAGACGACUGGGAAAAUGCGGCUCUUACGCACCUGGAAGGCACAGAGUCUUUCCAGUACUAUUUAUCUGCGUUUUUAGGUCUUUUUGAAAAUAUCCCUCCAUUCUAUCACUGCCCCCCAGGAGCUGCGAACAUUUCAGGUAGACCAAAAUCCUUUCUUGUUUUGAAGUCUUCCCUACAGGUUAAAACGACAGAAGACUCAAACUGUGAUCAACCUCAAAAGUCAACUGAUUAUCUCCAGUGCCUUGGAUCUCCAGCGCCUGUAAAGUACAGGACCAAGACUGAGACUAAGCUUGAAGCCGCUAUUCCUGUUUGCGUCAAGCCUCUUCGUUCUGGGUACUUCACAAACAUUGUUCUGGCCUGGUCAUACAUCAUUUCCUGCCGCUGGGUGGAGAUACUUAAACAGGCAGGUGAGGAAAGCCAGAUCUUGCACCAGCUUGGCAUGCAGAUAGAAGACUCUUUUUGGGACAUCGUCACCCAGGGCUGUUGGGUAGCUCGGGUAGAAAAAUUCAAAGGUGUUUUCUAUUCGCCAUGGAUGGUUAGAAGAGAGGGUAGCACAAACAAGCGGUAUGGCCUUCAUUCCAAAUCAUCUUUGGUCGUUGAAAGCUAA